GGCAGCAGCAGAGGGGGCAGCGGGAGCAGCGGGAGCAGCGGGAGCCGGGGCUUCAUGUAAACACGCCGCGCACAGGGCUUUGUUACACACACUCCGCUGGUAUCCCCCCUUCUAGUCAUGCCAUGGAUAUUUUGUGGCAAUACCAGUUCAGAAUCAUUCUGCUCGGGGAUUCCACUGUGGGGAAGUCGUCGCUGCUCAAACGCUUCACGGACGGAAUCUACAGCGAUGUGGCGGAUCCGACGGUCGGGGUAGAUUUUUAUGCCCGCUCGCUUGAUAUCGAGCCCGGGGUGAAAAUAAAGCUGCAGCUCUGGGACACAGCCGGUCAGGAGCGAUUCAGGUCCAUCACAACAUCCUACUACCGUAACUCCGUGGGCGGGCUACUAGUCUUUGAUCUCACCAAUCGCAAGACCUUUGACCAUGUGAGGGAGUGGCACAAGGAGGUGAGUGAGCACAUCCUGCCUCACCACAUGGUCUACAUCCUCAUCGGCCACAAAAGCGACCUCAACAAGGACCGCAAGGUGAGCCGGGAUGAGGCGGAGCAUCUGGCGGCCGAGCUGGGCAUCCGCUACGUGGAGACCUCGGCCAAGUGCAACAGCAACGUGGACCGGGCCUUCGAACUGCUGACCAGAGACAUCUACGAGCUGAUGAAGAUGGGGGAGAUCGUCACCCGCGACGGCUGGGACGGGGUGAAGAGUGGCCUCACCGCCAAGGUGCUCUACCCGGCCGAGGACGAAGAGGAGCUAGCUACCGCGACCGCUGAAAAGGGCUGCCACUGCUGACUGAGAACUCUCCGUGUCCAAACACCGUCUCGUCACACCAAGAGCUCACCUCGUCUCACAGCUGUCCAUCGAAACCAAGUCACUCAGGCUCAGCACCCUGUGAUAUCACCGUCCAUCACUCCCUCACCUUGUGCUUUGUGCCCUCUCUGUGUGUGGUUUCUUCUGACAACUGGGAUUCUUUUCUAACAGGGGGCCACUGUACAUCCCAAUGUGUCUCAAGUUGUAUCUCUAAAUUCAUGUGGUGUAGCACGAGUCAACCUGUUUUGGGCCUCGUUAGGUUCGGAAAACACAGAAAGCGUCCAGAGGUGAUCAGGUCUUGGGUCUUAUAGUGUAGCCAGUACUCCUUUACACAGCCCUGGAGUUAAUGGACUACUGAGUAUACUGAAGAUACAGAUAAAUCCAUGGACUAUGACUUACUGUAGUCUGGCAUCUAUUGUCGGUUUCUACUCGUCAAAGUUUGUGCAAUGCUUUGCCUGCAAUCUUUUGUGACUGUAAUAUUGUAAAUAAUAGUGAAAUCUAUAGAGAUGAAAGCUAAAAGGUCACUGAAAGCUAUUAAAUUGAUAGUGUGAACAUACAGCUCUACAAUUAGUGUCGCCAUAUUAAAUCAAUGUGCUCCUGCUACUGUAAGCUGUGUGUGCACUUACGCCAAACUGAGUUAAACCUUUGAUCAUUCUGUGAAUAGAUGAGUGAUGUUUUUGUUAAGAAAAAUUUAGAUUAUUUCUAGUUUAGGUGUAUACAUCAAGAUAGGCCACUGAAAUUAGUGUUGGUGGUCCCAUUUAGGUAUUUGUAUCAUAGGAUCAACAGAAGCAAGACGUCAAGUGUGUCACCUCUCAUCAUCAGCGGUAGUAAAGAUGUGUUUAAGAACAAAAGGGAGUUUGGAUUCCACCUGCAGCUGUUUCUGUAAACAGCUGUUUCAUUUGUUCAAAGCUCAGUUUGGUAAAAUAAUAUGCCAUUCAUGCCUGAGCUGAUGAUGGAUGCCAACUCAUUAAAUCCAAUGGUGUGGAUAUAUGUGCUGCUUUUGUGUAUAGACUUUAUGCUGUGUUCCAGAGGUGUCAGUAGGCCAUUUGGGGAGAUCUAGAGAAAAGUCAGGGCUCCAAGUAGGAAAAAAAUGUUCAGCCCUGAGGAUGCCACAUUAACAUGGUAGCAUACACUGCAAAAGUGAAUUUGCAUUUCUUAAACAUGGUUAUUACAGUCCUCCAAACAGUUCAGUAACCACAGCACCCUGGGUUGGGUUUUGGCAAGGGACUUUUGCCACAUGUCAUUGCCACUCUCACUCGUAUUUCUUAUCAUCUAUUUCUUGCCCAACAGACUGCUUGAUUUGAUAUUUGCAGGGCCUUAAACGUAUAUGGUCCAACAUUUUGAGAAAUAAGCAUUUUUGCUUUGCUUUCCGGGAAUUAGAGAAAAUUGAUAUCUGUCUCAUUUCUGUAAGUCCUACAUUAAAGUCCUAAAUUAAACGAGAUGUCGGGUUAUUUCUCUGUAAGGGAUCCAUACUGUUGGGCUCCCUUUUGCAGCCCAUGGAGCUGCCCCCUGCUGGCCAUUAGAAAGAAUGCAGACUCUACCACACUGACUUCACUUCACAGACCUGGAAGCUCUUUCCACUAUAUAUACUGUCAAUGCUCUAAACAUGAGACUGGUAUCAAUCUUCUCAUAUAACUUUCGUGGAGAAAGCACAUAAGUGCAUUUCCCAAAAUGUUGAACCAUGUACCUAAACUGAACAAAAUGCCUGUUUUUACUUAUUGAAAUCUGACAGAAGUGAUCGCCAAUAAAUCUGUUGACUUUCAAGGCCAGGAGUUUUAUUAUCGUUAUAUAAAUCUAAGGUUUAAAGCUGUACUUAAAGUCGCUGAAAUUCUUUGCUAACUACAGUAAGUACUGUUGAUAUAACAUAAGCUUUUACAUGGAUAAGAGUCUUUACAGACUUGUGACCCUAAUAAUACCAGCUGUAAUGGAGCCUAUCAGCUUGCUGUUCUGAGCAGUGAGUUGCAUUUAUUAUGAACGCAUGUCUCACAAACAUAGCAGUAACUACCUUUGACACAGAGGGUUGUGUAUACUUUCAACUCUGCAGAGGCUUUUGACCGCAGACGCUAUUAAUCUGCUUCCAGGCCUCGAGUGUACAUUAGACCGCAGUACACUAUGCCUGGGAACUCACCUCCCCUCCCACCGCUCAUUCACCUUUCACCAGCAUCUCACCAAAAAACCUGUUCACACACAGAGAUUAUGCAUUCUGCAGUUUUUACUUUGCGUUCAUGUGACCAAACUGACAUUUGUUUCCUUUUAAUAGAGGAAGGCUGUAAGGCAGCAUGUAAGGAAUGUAUUCUAAUACAUUUGCACCCUCCCUUUAUUUUUUUACUGUUCUGUACAGAUUCAAACUAUAUUCUUCCUGGUAGACCUGUUAUAGCCAGGUUUAAAAACAGUGUCCAACACUACAUACUAUAUGUUUUUUGGUUGUUUGACAAUCACACGUUAACAUUUUGUGUUCUCGGCACAGCUGAGGACUUCAUCACAGGGGUGCUAUGCUUUGAGAUCUAGCUAAAUGUCCUUGCAACAUCCAAAAUCACCAUCUGACAACCAGUCUGGCUGUGUUUAAUACAACUACCUUCCUCUUUUUGUCUCUCAUCUAAACAGGGUUCAAUUGUAUGAUAUUGUUUGAAUUUGUAUGUUAAUACUGUGCUGUUAGCAAACUGUUCUCCAGUGAGCAUGAUUCCCAUUCCUGAGCACCGCACAUCAGAAGGGCCCGUUGCACUGCGUGGUGCGAAGAAGGCAGCCUCCGAGCUUUGGUUCAAUUUUGAGGACAAGACUGGAAAGACACCAAGAAGAAAGGGCUUUGUGAAAGACUCUGUGGGAGGAAAUAAGCUUAUUUCUCAUCACUUGACGAAUCCUCUCCACCAAUGUUAAAUAGCUAUGACAAUAAUGAUAAGAUUAACAACAGCAUUUGUAACCUUAAAAACUGCAAUCUUACAAAAAGUGACCAUCCUGUGAUAUGAUGAUGAUGAGAAUGACGGUGGCCAGUCUUCAGUCCAGAUCCAGCUUCUCUCUUACUUUAAUCUUAAAGUAGUUUUUAGGAAACACUCUUAUAUUGCUUUCUGUCAGAGAAUUAGAUGAAUGGGAACAGGAAGCCUGACUCUGUCUAAAUUUCAAAAUACACCUAUCAACACCUCUAAAGAAAAGUAAAAGGAGGUUGUGAGGUGAGCUACAUAGUCUGCUUAGUCUGUGGAUAAUGCUGAUGUUCCAGCAUAACUCCCAGUAAAACCACAAGUUGCCAUUUUUACAUUUCUGUUUGUGUACAGGUUAAAGGUGUUGUAAGUGAAGUCUGCAGUUUGGCUAACUUCCUGUCCGUUCUUGCAGCUAGCAGUCGCCUCCCUCCUCCCCAAGUCACCACACUGAAAUUCUGCUGCCUGAGGACCGCCUCUUUGUGGAGUCCUCUCUCCUGAUUGGACAAAGUGGGAAUGGAAUACCAGAAAACAUAUUCUCUGUUUACUGCAGAAAGGGACUGGGGAGCCCUUCUUUGACUGUACACUCUGUAUCAGUGACAGCUGUCGGAACGUACAGCUAUUUAACACUUAUUUUAACAAAAAAAAUAUAUGGCUUACAGCCUCUUAAACAAACAAGAAUGAGUAAUUAGAGAGCUUUAGAGGUGUUGCUACGUAUAUUUUUGAACUCAAUAUGAAUAUUGCACAUUUUGGGACACAGACAUGAGAUUGAUAUUAAUCUUCUCAUCUCGCUCUCACAAAACAGCCCAGAACAGGAUAUCUCAAAAUGUUGGACUAUGCCUUUAAUGGUGUGUUCUUAUGUUGUCCAGGGGAAUGAUCAAACCAACCCACUGAUAGGGCUCCUAUACCAGACACCAUCAGCAGCUGUUAGGCCCUCGACGCAGUACAUAGCACCGAAUUAUUCCGCUCCUGAUCCCCAUGGCCACAUUUCACAGCUUUAUGAAUAAAUGUUAUUUAUUUUAUAUAUCAUGUAUAAGGCCUUUGAUUUGAUGUGAUUUUAUUGA